GCAGCGAUGAGGCGGACCCGCGCGGAGGUGGACGCGACGCUCCAGAUCGCCAAGCUGAAUGCGGCCGAGCUGCUGCCGGUGGUGCACUGCCUGGGCUUCGGCCCCGGGGCCGGCGCCGCUGCCGGCGACUUCUGCCUGCUGGAGCUGGAGCCCGCGCUGUGCCAGCAGCUGGAGGCCGGGCACAGUCUUGUGAUUCGGGGUGAUAAAGAUGAGCAGGCUGUGCUGUGCAGUAAAGACAAAACGUAUGACUUGAGAACAGCAGACACUUCCAAUAUGUUGCUUUUUAUUCCUGAUUGUAAAACUCCGGACCAGCUGAAGAUGGAGGAAACACAUUGUAACAUUACUCACACUGAGAUCUUUGGUUUUUCUAAUAAUUAUUGGGAAUUAAGAAGAUGCAGACCUAAAUUAAAGAAGCUAAAGAAACUUUUGAUGGAAAAUACCUAUGAAGGACCCGACAGUCAAAAAGAAAAGGAUUCAAAUCAUUCAAAAUAUACAACUGAAGAUUUGCUUGAUCAAAUUCAGGCAAGCGAGGAAGAAAUAAUGGCCCAGUUACAAGUUCUAAAUGCCUGUGAGAUUGAAGGUUAUUGGAGGAUUCUUGAUUUUGAUUAUGAGAUGAAACUUCUGAAUCACGUAACUCAGCUUGUGGAUUCUGAAUCUUGGUCUUUUGAUAAAGUUCCUUUGAAUACUUGCCUUCAGGAACUUGGACCAUUGGAGCCAGAGGAAAUGAUUGCACACUGUCUUAAAUGUUAUGGAAAGAAAUAUGUAGAGGAAGGUGAAGUUUAUUUUGCACUGAGUGCUGAUAAAAUAUGCAGAGCCGCAGCACAGAUGCUACUUCAGAAUGCAGUGAAAUUUAACCUUGCUGAGUUUCAAGAAGUGUGGCAACAGAGUGUUCCCGAAGGAAUGAUAACUAGGCUUGAUCAGCUUAAGGGUUUAGCCUUGGUGGAUAGACACUCAAGACCAGAAAUCAUAUUUUUGCUAAAAGUAGAUGAUUUGCCUGAGGAUAAUCAAGAACGUUUUAACAGCCUAUUCUCUCUAAGGGAAAAGUGGACAGAAGAAGACAUUGCUCCAUAUAUUCAAGAUUUGUGUGGAGAGAAGCAAACCAUAGGUGCAUUACUCACUAAAUAUUCUCGCUCUUCAAUACAAAAUGGUGUUAAAGUUUACAAUUCAAGAAGACCCAUUUCUUAAAAGAACAACAGUCUGUUCUUUGGGACUAAAGUUGCUUCAUAAAAUUGACGGUUAUAAGAAAAAGAUUAUUGCAUACAUUUGUAUUCCAGAUUUUAAAAAACAUACUUUGAAACAUUUUUCUCCUAAUCCUAAGCAUUUUGAAACUACUGCUCUUUUUCCCUUAAAUGUAAUAGGAUAUUUCUAUAUCUUUCAAGUUAUUUUUUCAUUAUGCAUACAGUGUAAAAAGGACAAAAGAAAGUUAUUCCCUAUAUUUAGUAUAUCUCGAGUCUAUGUGGUUUUAUUUAUAGAAAAGUGUUGCCUUUUUUAUAUGUAAAGUUGCAUUCCUUUAAUGAAGAUUUGACGUUCUAAUCAUUAACAAAUUUAAAGGCUUUUUCAGAGGACUAAAUAGAAA